GGCGCUCAGCUGAGGCGAGGGAGGAGGGGCGCCGGGCCAGCCAGGUCCCUUGGUGCGUUCCUAGUUAACGAUGGCGAAACUUCAGGGCAAGGAUCCUGGUUUAAAGGAGAAAUUUAAAAAUCUCCUGGGAUUUGGGCAAUCCCGGCCCAACUCCAAGUCGUCGGAAGGGAAGCAGACAGAAUUCAUCAUCACUGCGGAGAUACUCAAGGAACUGAGCAUAGAAUGUGGCUUGAACAACCGGAUACGGACAAUCGGUCAGAUUUGUGAGGUCGCGAAAACGAAAAAGUUUGAAGAGCACGCGGUGGAAGCCAUCUGGAAAGCGAUAGAGGACAUGCUGCAGCCGGACCGACCCCUCGAGGCCCGCCACGCUGUGUUGCACCUGCUGAAGGCAAUUAUUCAAGGACAGGGUGAGAGGCUGGGGAUCUUGCGGGCUCACUUCUUCAAAGUCAUCAAGGACUACCCUUCCAACGAAGACCUGCACGAGCGGCUGGAGGUCUUCAAGGCUCUUACAGAUAACGGAAGAUACAUCACGUACUUGGAAGAGGAACUGGCUGAAUUUGUCCUCCAGUGGAUGGAAGUGGGCUUGACGUCCGAGUUCCUGCUCGUCCUGGUCAACUUGGUCAAGUUCAACAGCUGCUACCUGGAUGACUACGUCGCUGACAUGGUCCACAUGAUCUGCCUCUUGUGCAUUCAGACGUCAUCUGCGGUGGACAUUGAGGUGUCCCUGCAAGUCCUGGAUGCCGUGGUGUGCUACAACUGCCUGCCCUCGGAGACGCUCCCUGUCUUCAUCAUCACCCUGUGCCGCACCAUCAACGUGAAGGAGCUCUGCGAGCCUUGCUGGAAGCUCAUGCGCAAUCUGCUGGGCACUCAUUUGGGCCACAGUGCCAUUUACAACAUGUGCCGUAUCAUGGAAGACAGGGCUUACAUGACAGAUGCGGCGCUGCUGAGAGGAGCGGUGUUCUUUGUGGGCAUGGCCCUCUGGGGGGCACACAGGCUGCAGUCGCUCAAAAAUUCACCCACGUCGGUGCUGCCCUCCUUUCUGAAGGCCAUGAGCUGCCCAAACGCUGUCGUGUCCUACGAAAUUGUGCUCUCCAUCACGAGACUGAUCAAGAAGUACGGCAAGGAGCUGCAGGCCGUCACCUGGGACAUCCUGCUGGAUCUUAUCGAGCGGCUGCUGCAGCAGCUACAGGCCUUGGAGAGCCAGGAGCUGAAAUCCAUCGUCCACGACCUGCUGACCACCGUGGAGGAGCUGUGCGACCACAACGACUUCCACGGCUCCAAGGAGAGAUACUUUGAGCUCGUGGAAAGAUGCGCCGAUCAACGACCGGAGUCUUCCGUUCUGAACUUGAUCACCUACCGAGCUCAGUCCAUCCACCCUGCCAAGGACGGCUGGAUCCACAAGCUGCAGGGGCUGAUGGAGCGGUUCUUCAGAAACGAGAACCGGAGUGUUGUGCGCAUCAAAGUCUUGCACGUCCUCUCCUUUGUUCUGAGCGUUAACAGGCAGUUUUAUGAGGAGGAACUGAUCAACCUCGUGGUCAUCUCCCAGCUGGCGCACAUCCCCGAGGACAAGGACCACCAAGUCCGCAAACUGGCCACCCAGCUGCUGGUGGACCUGGCCGAGGGCUGCAACACCCACCACUUCAAUAGCUUGCUGGACAUCAUAGAGAAGGUGGCUUCGCACUCUUUGCUGCCCCCUCCUGAACUGGAGGAGAGGGACCUGCUCUCCUACUCGGCCUCUUUGGAGGAUGUGAAGACAGCCGUGCUGGGCCUGCUGGUGAUUUUCCAGACGAAACUGUACAGCUUGCCCGCCAGCCACUCCACUCGCGUCUACGAGAUGCUGGUCCUCCACAUCCAGCUUCACUACAAGCACAAAUACACCCUCCCCAUUGCCAGCAGCAUCCGACUGCAGGUCUUUGACUUCCUGCUGCUGCUUCGGGCCGAUUCUCUCCACCGACUGGGCCUGGCCACCAAGGACGGCCUCGUGAGGUUCAGCCCCUACUGCCUCUGCGACUUUGUGGAGCCGGAGAAGAAACCAGCAGGCGCCCUCUCCCCUCCCUCCGGCAGCCCCAGCCUGCCCCCUCAGAGCACCGCUCUCCGGAUCGGCCACCUGCCCUACUCUCUGCUCUUCGGCGUGAUCCUGCAGUGCCUCAAGCAAGAGACAGACUGGAAGGUGCUGAAGCUGGUGCUCAACAAGCUGCCGGAGUCCCUGCAGUGCAAAGUGUUGUACCUGACCUCCCCUUGCAGCGUCGAUCUGCUGUCAUCCGCGCUGUGCUCCAUGCUCACAGACAAGAAGAUGGCAGAGCGGCUGCGGGGCACCCCGGAAGGAUUCUCCCGCAACGACCUGCACCUGGCCGUGGUCCCCGUUCUGACAGCUUUGAUCUCUUACCACAGCUACCUGGACAAAGCCAAACAGCGGGAGAUGGUGUAUUGCCUGGAACAUGGCCUGAUCUACCGCUGCGCCAACCAGUGUGUCGUGGCGCUCUCCAUUUGCAGCGUCGAGAUGCCCGAGAUUAUCAUCAAGGCCUUGCCCGUUCUGAUUGUCAAGCUGACUCACAUUUCGGCAACAGCCAACAUGGCUAUCCCUCUCCUGGAAUUCCUCUCCACCCUGGCCCGCCUGCCGCACCUCUACAGGAACUUUGCAGCCGAACAGUACGCCAGCGUCUUCGCCAUCUCCCUGCCCUACACAAACCCCUCCAAAUUUAACCAGUACAUCGUAUGCCUGGCGCAUCACGUGAUAGCGGUGUGGUUUAUCAAGUGCCGUCUUCCCUUCCGGAAAGACUUUGUGCCCUUCAUUACCAAGGGCUUGCGGUCCAACGUCCUCCUUUCCUUUGACGACACCCCGGAGAAGGACAGCUUCCGGGCCCGGAGCACGAGUCUGAACGAAAGACCCAAGAGUUUUAAAAUAGCCAAAAAUGCCCGGCCGGGUUUGAAUAGCCCCCCGCCCGUGAAAGAGACGAAAGACUCCUCCGCAGCAGCCGAUGCCUUCCGCUCCCGCAGCAUCAGCGUAUCUGACCAAGCAGCCCGCAGCCGGAUCCAGACCUCCAUCACCAGCUCCAGUCUGGGCUCUGCGGACGAGAACUCGAUGGCCCAGGCAGACGACAGCCUGAAGAACCUCCAUCUGGAGCUCACAGAGACGUGCCUCGAUAUGAUGGCCCGAUACGUCUUCUCGAACUUCACAGCUGUGCCCAAAAGGUCUCCGGUGGGGGAGUUUCUGCUGGCCGGAGGGAGGACCAAGACAUGGCUGGUGGGCAACAAACUUGUGACAAUCAUGACGAGCGUCGGGACAGGAACCAGGUCGCUCCUGGGCCUGGACUUGGGGGAGCAGCAGAGCAGCCCGGAGUCACGCCCAGACCCCGUCUCGCAAGUGAGGCAGACGAAAGAAGCCCCAGCCAAACUGGAGUCCCAAGCUGGCCCACAAGUGGUUCGAGGAUCCCGCAAUAGAGUCAGGUCGAUGUCUGGUGGCCACGCAUUGCGGGUUGGGGCACUCGAUGGCUCCGCCCCUCAUUUCCCUGCCAGCUCGAUGCCCCCAGGGGUGCAGAGUUCUCCCGCCGCUCGGACAGAAAAGGCCGUUCCCAGCCCCCAGCCGCCUCUGCAGAAGGAGAAGGCCAACCUGGCUGCCUACGUCCCUCUGCUGACCCAGGGCUGGGCGGAGAUCCUGGUCCGGAGGCCAACAGGUAACACCAGCUGGCUGAUGAGCCUGGAGAACCCGCUCAGCCCCUUCUCUUCCGAUAUCGACAACAUGCCCCUGCAGGAGCUCUCCAACGCGCUGAUGGCGGCCGAGCGCUUCAAGGAGCACCGCGAGACCGCCCUCUACAAGUCCCUCUCGGUGCCCUCCUCCCACCUCCCCACCGGGACCACCAAAGCCUCCCUCCUGCAGCGCUCCAACACAGUGGCCUCUUUCUCUUCCAUGUGCCUGACCAGUUCUCAAGAGAGGCUGCACAGGAGCAUAUCCUGGGCAGAAUCGUCUGUCGUUCCGGAAGAAGGAAGCCCACCCACAGCGGACCUGAAAGAAAGGGAGGCCCUGCCAGAGUCUCAGGAGAUCAAAGAUUUCAAGGCUGUGUGUCCGGAUCAUGUUGUGAGUGAGGAGAAGUCAGGCAAGGCCCACAGGAUGUAUAGCAGGUCCUCCUCGACGUCCAGCCAAGAGGAGAAAGCCCUGAAGCCGGAAGACUUGGCCUCCGUCAGCAUCCCCAUCGAGAGGAGCCGGCCGCUGGGAGACAGCCGGGCUUUCGAGGCCCUCUCCUUCCAGCCCUCCCAGCCGCUCAGCAAGUCCAGCUCCUCGCCGGAGCUCCAGACCCUCCAGGAGGUCCUCAAAGACGCCAGCGGUGAAGAGGCAGCCGGGAAGCUGAGCAGCGACCUGAAAUCCAAGUCCCAGUCGGGCCACCUGGAAGGGGAGGCGGUGGGCGGCUGGGUGGGAAGAGGAGAGGAGGGUCGGGCCCCCGGGGCGGCCAGGCUGGAGGGCAGCGGCCCCGCCUCUUCUCCCCGCUCCCCCAGUGGCCACCGCCCCCGGGGCUACACCAUCUCGGACUCGGCGCCCUCGAGGAGGGGCAAGAGGGUUGAGAAGGAGCCCUUCCAGGGCAGGGCAGCAGCCUCCAACGCCGCAGAGAAAGUGCCCGGCAUCAACCCCAGCUUCGUGUUCCUGCAGCUGUAUCACUCGCCUUUCUUUGGCGACGAAUCCAACAAGCCGCUCUUGCUGCCCAACGAGAGCUUUGAGAGGUCCGUGCAGCUCCUGGAUCAGAUUCCUCCCUACGACACACACAAGAUCGCCGUCCUCUACGUGGGCGAAGGCCAGAGCAACCAGGAACUGGCCAUCCUGUCCAACGAGCACGGCUCCUACCGCUACACGGAGUUCCUGACGGGGCUGGGCAAACUGAUUGAGCUCAAGGACUGCCAGCCGGACAAGAUCUACCUCGGCGGCCUGGACGUGUGCGGGGAGGACGGGCAGUUCACCUACUGCUGGCACGACGAUAUCAUGCAAGCCAUUUUCCACAUCGCCACUCUGAUGCCCACCAAAGACCUGGACAAAUACCGCUGCGACAAGAAGCGCCACCUGGGGAACGACUUCGUCUCCAUCAUCUACAAUGACUCGGGGGAAGAAUUCAAGCUGGGGACCAUCAAGGGCCAGUUCAACUUCGUACACGUGGUUAUCAAGCCGCUGGACUACAGCUGUAACCUGAUCACGCUGCAGUGCCGGAAGGACAUGGAAGGGCUGGUGGACACCAGCGUGGCCAAGAUUGUCCUGGACAAGAACCUCCCGUUUGUGGCCCGGCAGAUGGCCCUGCAUGCCAACAUGGCCUCCCAGGUCCACCACAGCCGCUCCAACCCCACGGACACCUACCCCUCCAAGUGGAUCGCCCGACUGCGCCACAUCAAAAGGCUUCGCCACAGGAUCCGAGAAGAAACCCAGUACCAGUCAUCCGGCUUCCCCACCAUGCAUCCCCCCGCGCCCGCCAAAGUAUCGGCCCACGCUGCCCAAGACCCAGCGCCCUCCUACGAGACGGGGCAGAGGAAACGGCUCAUCUCCUCUGUGGACGACUUCACGGAGUUUGUGUGAGGCCGGACACUGCCCCCCUCCCCCCACCCCGUCUUGCCUGUCUGUCUGCCCACUCAUCCAUCUGCCCUGAGAGGCAUUGAACUUGUCUUUCUCCUUCUGGCCGGUGGCUAUGAAGAGAAGAUUGCGCUUUUGGCACCCCCCUCUCUCCAGCUGCGGUGGCAGAACCCUUGACGGCCCAGGAAUGGUGGCUUGGAACACCACUGCCCUGUUGACCAGAGGAGGAGCCCUUGCUCUUCCAUUUCUGUUUUUUUCCCCCCAUCAAACAUUUGGGAUUCAUCAAUGGAGACAGGCUGAAGACGUGCCAGCCGGGAAGGUAUUUUCUGCAUCCUGGAAGGAGAGACUUUGUUUCAGCAGGCCCUCUGAAGGACUCGCAGUUUCUGUAGAGCAGCUUGGCAGGUUUCUUUCUCUUUCUGUGGGCAGCUGGCCAGUGGGGGUGGGCGGGGGGAAGUGUUUGGCUCUGCAGGCCCUCCUAGAGAGACCUUUGCCCUGUGAGGCUGACAGAGAUGAUGAAAGUCGAUGGACUGUCUUCCUGCCCCCACUCAAAGAGACAUUUGGCCUGACUCUGAGAAGGCUUUUUUGCUCAGGGCAGAUCUCAGACAUGUCGACACCCACCUUUGCCACCUACAGGUAGGUGAAGAGAAGAGGAAGGAGGGCUGGGGGACAGGAAGUCCAUCCCCUUUCUCUUUUGCACGUCUUCUCUUCGCUCAUCGGGCGAGAAGCAGAAAACGGCCUUCUCCGUGUGGGCAGAGGCUUUGUCGCCAGCUCUAAGCUGUGCUAUGCGUGGGGCCCACGUGGUCUGAAAGGGGUCUUAGUGACAUUUGGCCACAGGACAAAGUCAUUUCCAGGCUGAAGCCUGUUCCUUGCCUGGAUGGACGACAGAGCAGUCGGCCUCUCUCUGUACUGCACGCGGGACUCACUGCAGUCUUAGGGCGUCUCUUUGCCUGUUUGCUGGAAUCCCAACUGAGCAGGGGGAUUUGCAGUGGGCGUCACCUACUGAGGACCCCACCGUUUUCCAUGGAGCAUACGGGGAGGUUCAUGCUGCUGCGGCAGGCCAGUGGGGCCUGGUGAAAUCCCCCCUUGUGGCAUGAAAGGCAGAUUUGUGUGGGGAGGGAGCAGGAGAGACCCCUCCCUGCCAGCUGAAGAUGUCCUUCCCGUUCCUUGUGUCUGUGUCGCUGCCGAGUAUCGUACAAAAGAAGUUUGCAAUGGAAUAAAGCAUUUGUAUGGCUUCCUGGCUUCCGGCUGAGAGAAGGCCGGUUCCUGAGCGCCCUUUCUUGUAUGCCUUUGGGGGUGGGGAUCAAGGGGGGCUACUGGGCCAAGUGGGACAAGUUUCCUGGGCCUGGGAUCCCUUCCCAUGACAACCCCCCUUUCCCGUCCCUGCACUGACUUUUUAAAACAACCCCCCCCCCCAAAAGCUCCUACUCUUAAUGAUCUCCUGGUUUAUUCGAAGAAAUCGAAUGAAGUGAACUAAAGCCGUCGCACUGAGGUAAAUAAAACACACAAACAUU